CGCGUUGCUGUCAAUUUGUUACCUCCGAGUUCAUUUUACACGCAACCUUCUCAAAAGCCAACGAUCACGGGCCAGCUUGAGAUUUGAAUAAAGUCCAUAAAACCGUUUAGUUUACAGCGACUGCGUCUUCCUUCCCGCAGCAUACCUCACUUUGCAAGCCAAAGAUACUUCACCGCGUCAUGACCAGCUCGGCGCCAUCUCGAGUCAUUGUUGUAGCCCUGGACCACACUCCCACCGCUGCCCAGGCACUGUCGUAUGCUCUUGACAAUGUCGUGCGUCAGGGGGACAAACUGGUUCUUCUGAGCGUGGGAGUCACGGAUACCUUGGAGUGGGCGGACGUGGACGAAUUGGCUACGGGGUCAAGAGAGGCCGAUGGGAAGCAGGCUGCAGAACAGCAAGCCACAGAACUGCUUCGUCGAGCAGAAGAGAUUGUAAAGCACCGAUUCGCAAAUAACGAGCAAAUCACCGUGGUAACACGGCCAGUUGUCGGAUCCAGCGGAGUCCAUAACACGAUUGUCGAAAUUUGCGAUACCGUCAGAGCGACCAUGCUAGUCAUUGGCAGUCGCAACCUCCCGGGCCUGAAGCGCAUCAUUCUGGGCUCUACUAGCGAUGAUGUGGCUCACAAGGCCCGAUGUCCAGUUCUGAUCGUGAAGGAGAAUCAACCGAGUCCAACAGGAGGUUCCAGGUGGCCUGCUUGGGCGAAGCUCUGAUAUCACGAAGUCCGCACAUAGUCUGUUCUUGUACAUAGCCAGAUUUUCGAUUUGACUAAUGGAGUUCUAUACUGUAUAACCA